AUGAUUAAUUCCAUCCUGGAGUCCUGUAGCAAGCAGCAGUUGUCAACUUGUCAACUGUCUGUAGGUGCAGAGUUCAUUCGAAGCCACGCAGAAUUUGGAGAAUUGUUUGGCGAGUGGCGCUUGUACGAAUCAGCUCGCGCCUACUACAACAUGCUAUCCAAGAAGUGGAAUGUGCUGACCAACCCGUCUCCAACAACUUUGAAUGGUGUCGACCAAGGACCCUUUACAAAGGUGAUGUCAGAGCAGUGUGAUUUUCUUCAUCCUCGCGUCAACAACAGCAUCAUCCUCCAGUCGAUUCAGCACGUGACCAACGCGGUCUCCACAACAUUGUGGGACGGAGUUCCGGAUGCUGAUAUGCAAAUGCUCAUUGUAGAGCUGUCAAAGCUUUGUGUGCCUUUGCUUGAGGAAAACGGCGAGAAUACAUGGGUGUUUGAUUCCUUGGCCAAGAAGUCACUGGUGACGAAGCUCUUCGCUACAAUGACAGGUUCAGUUGUGACUUCGGGCCAGCAGUCGAGCAAGCGUGCCCGCACUGGUGACAAGGAGAAUGAGAAACCAAAAAGGAAGGCGAAGGCGAAAGCGAAGACGAAGCCUGGUGCGGAGAUAGUGUCCCUGCAGCUGCCGGAAGAGUCAGACAUCAAAGCAACUGUUGUUUCAUGCAAAGUCGGUGUCAGAGCAAAGCUGUGGGUGGAUGAUUUGCUGAAUUGUUGCUCUCACAUCAUUGAUCAUGUAUCAACUUUGUGUGCGGCAGCAGCGAAAUCGAACUUGCAGGAGCUCAAGAGCAAAAUGAUCCGGCAGGGGCUUAUGUUUUGCUUCAAUGGCAGCAUCAGACUCACUACUGCUCGUGGCUCAAAGACCUACCGCAAGUGGAGUGUGCUUCGCCCUGUCCUCAAGGAAUGGGCGAUGUGGCAGCUGUUGCAGGACAUGAAGGGCUGCAUGGAGUCAGCGUUGAAGGCUGAUGCGGCUGGCGGCGCUGCUAGUGGAUUGCAGAAUUUGGAGGCUGCCGUGUCUUUACACAGUGAUGGGUUGCUUGAGGACGCCGCCAAACUAUCGACCCAAGAGAAGUUGAAGACAUGGGUGCCGGCGCUAGCAACUUGGGUUCGUGGAGAGACUUCAAACCCACUCCGGCACACAUCUCCUCUUUCAGUGGCGCAGCAUGCAGCUUUCGGCAAGAUCAAGGCCAAGAUCAUUUAUGACUCCUGCACGUGUUCAACAUUGAAUGGUACAACUGCGCCGGGUCCAGAUGCCAGCGCAUGCAGCCUUCAUGCAAAGGCUGUGACGUUGCCAGACAUUGUUUGGCAAGUGACGCGCCAAGUUCAUGAAGUGUUUGGUGAUCAGUUCAUGGCCUUGGCAAAUCUUUUGGCACAAGAGACAACUGCAGGAUGGGUGGUGCCAAGUGAACCGCCAGAGCUCAAAGAGCUUGCCUUGCAACCGGCGGAUGUGGAUGUGCUGAUGAAAGUCCGUGCGCAGUAUGUCAUUCAGCUUCUCAUUACUUUGGCAUCGUCUUUAGCACAGAACUUGGCGGGCAUGUUCACUGCCUUCAAAGAGACACCAUCACUUUUGCAGCAGCUAUCGGAUUUGGACUCAUGCCUCUUGUCUCUGGAGUUCAUGUGUUCAGGAUGGACUGAAGCGUUGACUGCAAUCGGUGCCCGUGGUAGCUUUGACCCCAAGACUGUUCUGCUUCAGGUGGGCGCCGCGCCAACAAACAAGUACAGCAGAAGUCUUUUGGGCAGUUCUGUGGGUGACAUCAACAGGGAUGUCGCAUCGUCUGAUUCCCUGCUUCACUUGCAGUUGCAGAUGCAAGCCGCGAUCCUGAUGGAAGCAAGCUCACAGGAGAAGAAGUGGCGUGAGAAGGUGAAGGAAGAAGACACCGACACCGCAGAAUUUGGAAACCUGGACUAUUGA